GCAGCAGCGGGCCCGCUGCUGGUGGUACCGGACGCCCGCGCCGCAGGCGCCGCCGCCGGGGCGUGCGCGCCUUUCAGGUUUGAGAGCAAGCGCUGCCGCAUCGAUUGGCGGCUCCUCCACAGCGUUGACGUCAACAGAGUGGUGCGCGACACCGACGUGGACGCCUUGGAGCGCGUCGCCGCCGCCGUAGCAUGGGGCGACCUGGAAGCCGAGGAGCCCCGCCACCUCAGCGAGUUGAACUUUGUGAAAGCGUUCCGGCUGGCGCAGCUGCUCGUGGAGUACCUGCUGCACGUGCAGGACACCUUAGCGAAUGCCAAUGGCGCCCUGGAGCGGGACGCCGCGGCGUCUGCGGCGCACGUGUCGUGCCUGCGGGCGCGGCUGCAGGAGGUGAUGGCCGAGCUGAAGCACGCGCGCAACGAGCUGCGGCGGGCGCGAAAAAGCGUCAAAACCUACGAGCUCCUGGCAGAGGCCCGCGGCGGCCCGGGCGGCGGCGCUGUUCCUCCUGCGGUUGCGGCGGCGCCAGCAGCAGCGGGGACAGCGGGGGCCGUGCUCCAUUGCUGUGUGGAGCCGCGGGACGGCGGCAGCGCGGCAGGCGUGCAGGCGGCCGCGGCGGCAAUUGUUGCGGAGGCGGUGCAGCUGAUGCAGCAGCAGCAGCAGCAGCAGCAGCAGCAGCAGCAGCAGCAGCAGCAGCAGCAGCAGCAGCAGCAGCAGCAGCACCAAUUGCAGUGGCAGUCGCCGCAUCAACACCAGCAGGCAGCGGACCACACCGCGGAGCGGCUGGCGUCGGUGGCUGCUGAGGUGGAGCGGCUCAGGCGGGAGCGGGAGGAUCUGUCUCACCAGAUCAGGCGCAUGAGGGACGUGCUUGAGGCCAAGCUGGCUGGUGCAGACAUGGUGCGCACAACCAAGGCAGCUGCUGGCUAG